AUGGCGGAGAAUAACGUCUCGCUCGGUCUAGGCGACUUGAAGCAAGUGGAACUUGAGAAAGAGGGUCAAGCGGCCAGCGUGAGAGCAGCGCAUCACGCAAACCGAAAGCUGCCUGGAUUUGAAGCUCACCAACCUGUUGGUGAAAGCUCUCAAUAUGGGUAUAGCGUCGGCUACCAAACGCAGCUACUACUGCCAUCUCAACUACUAUCGUCCAAUCCUCCGAUGCAAGUCCCACCAUCGCAACUGCUUAGUGAGGGCAUGCCUCUAGUGAACCCGAUACUUUCUGACGCCGCCAACAACUCUCAAUUUAAUCGAUCGCCUCCGUUGGAUGCCGCUGAAUAUGUCAAGAAGGCCAACGAACUUAUUAAUGCCUCGCUCGAGCGAACGCCAGGUGGCACAUCAGUGGUCGAGCCUGAUUCUGUGUUAGACGAGUCCGGCCGCUUGUAUCACGGGUACAAUCAGGGGAAAUAUUUCUUACCCAAUGACGCUGCAGAACAAGAUCGCUUAGACUUUCAGCACAAGAUAUUCUUGAUUAUGUUGGAAGACUGGCUCCAUUUAGCCCCUAUGACCACUGUGCCAAACUUUGUGCUUGACAUAGCUACGGGAACUGGCACCGAGAAAUACCCAUCUUCCUUCGUUAUUGGUACAGAUCUGAGCGCUAUUCAGCCUGAUCCCAGGGUACCGAACUGCGUUUUCCAGAAAGACGACGCUGACGCCCCAUGGGUCUUCCCAGCCCCUCACCCACCAGAGGCUCAAUGCGUGGUUCCAUGCGAGCACCGGAUCAUGUUUGACUACAUACAUCUUCGCCUAGUUGCUACGUGUUUCGACGACCCUCGCGUGCUUAUGCGUCAGGCUUACGAUAACUUAGCCCCCGGUGGGUGGAUCGAGUAUCAGGAUGUCAGUUUGGAUCUACAAUCUAAAGACUUUGAGGGAUCGGCAUUCCAGAAGUACUCAGAAGGCUGUGUCCGCGGAGCGGCGGUUAUGGGCAGAGAUCUGCUAAUCCCCUACAAGUACAAGGCCUAUUUGGAAGAAGUUGGCUUUGUGGAUGUUGAGCAUAGACAACUAGUAUUGCCUUACAGCCCCUGGCCACAAGACCGGAAGCUCAGACAAGCGGGCCUGUACAACUUGCAGAACGGACUAGAUGGAGCAAGAGGCUUCGGCUACAAGAUGCUGCGUUUUGCCGAGUACUCUCCUGACGAGGUCGAGACCAUCGUGCAAGAAGCAGUGGACUACAUCAAAGAUAGCCGAAAUCAGGCAUGGGCACCACUUCAUAUUGUCUACGGUCGUAAACCCCUAGCUAGAGCUUGA